AUGAAGGAGCUCAAAUGGCCUGCGAGAAUGAGGUCACCACCCCAGUCCAGGGACAUGAGCAAGUACUGUGAGUUCCAUCGAGAUCAUGGGCAUACCACGGAAAACUGUAAGGCCCUGCAACGGGAGAUUGAAGCCCUUAUUAAAAGGGGACUUCUGAGUUCCUACGUCGGUAAUGACAAACGCCCGAAGAAUGAUUGUGGUACGGAAAGAGCUUCUGAAGCAAAAAGGGAUGGUCAACCCACUGCUAGAAUCAUCAACAUCAUCGUCGGGGGUAUUGCGUCAGGAGGAGAUUCGAACACUGGGCGGAAACAGUAUGCCCGGCAAUACAUGACAUCCUCGAAAGCAUAUCAUGGUGACCUUGAGGGCAUAACAUUUGGUAUGAAGGAUCUAGAGGGCGUAUCUUUUCCUCAUGAUGAUGCCCUAAUCAUCUCUGCAAUAGUAGCAAACUUUGAAGUAAAGAGGAUCUUAGUCGACAACGGGAGUGCCGCUAACAUAUUGUCACACGAAGCCUUCACAAAAAUGGGAAUCUUUCCCGAACAGUUGAAGACUGUGAGAAGCCCCCUUCAAGGAUUCGGGGGAGGGGGGAGGGGGGGUAUUAUUGUUCCGAAUGGAGUGGUCGAGCUACCUCUUAUCUUAGGCUCAGGCAAGGAAUAG